AUGUCUCCCAUGCUAUAUACUGGAAAUCUCACCCGUUUAAGCUUGUGUGCAUCGGAAGUGGAAGGAAUUCCCCAAGAGGGACUCGACGGAUCAACGUUUUGGUUUCUAAAGAUCUCCAACGAUUCAGAGGUUCGUCAAGCGAAGGAUAAUAUCGAGGGAAAGGAGGAUGAUGCCAAAAAUUGA